UGCACAGACAGCAGAAGUCAGCCCAAGAAUUUCUGCUACAGCUGAUUCGGUCGCCAUCUUUGUCGCGAACAUAAACAACACCAGCGGAUCGCGUUGGCAUUUUGGUGCACCACUGUCAUUUGGAAGAAAACGAGCACAGUGUCCCCGCGGCAGCGCUGAUCUUUCCCACCGAAGAUGACAGUUGUUUUGGUCACCUGAGCCCACCGUGUCAGACGGAGAUGGGCAUCCAGUGUGGAUUUCCUCAACGGGAGGGAGCGGAGGUUUAAAAAAGGGGGCGGGGAGCCAGCAGAGGGGCCUUGCUGCUCGUCAGCCUUGAGGAGAUGGACCAAGAGUACGAGAGACGGCUGCUGAGGCAAAUCAACCACCAGAACCUGCCGACAGAGGCCCGCCUGUCAAAGUGUGUAAGUGUUACCUGCAGUCCUGUCAGUGUUAAGUCAGGGGACCGCUUCAUUCCCACCCGCGCUGGAAGCAACUGGAGCAUCAACUUCCACUAUGCCAAUGAGAACUGUCGCUCCCCAAAUCAGAGCCAUAAAGCAAAGGAUGCCAGCUCAGAUUCAAGCAAAGAUGCUGUGGCAUACGCUGCCCUGUUGAGGAACGAGUUACUGGGGGCAGGGAUAGAGACUGUGCCAGACCCUCACACGGACGACCGGCGGCAUGCAGUCCUCUCUCAAGACUCUCACAGCCUUUUUAGGUACACUGUCCACACUAAGAGAGUGCCUUUCAAUAGCGAUAAUGAAGUCUCACCGUACUCCCUUUCUCCACUUAGUAACAAAAGUCACAAACUGCUUCGCUCCCCUCGUAAACCAGCCCGCAAGAUCUCCAAGAUCCCCUUCAAAGUGCUGGACGCUCCGGAGCUGCAGGACGACUUCUACCUCAACCUGGUAGACUGGUCAGCGGGCAAUUUGCUCAGUGUCGGACUAGGAGCAUGUGUGUACCUGUGGAGUGCCUGCACCAGCCAGGUGACAAGGUUAUGUGACCUUUCAGUGGACGGAGACUCUGUUACAUCAGUUUGUUGGAAUGAGAGGGGUAGUCUCGUUGCCGUCGGAACCCACAAGGGUUACGUUCAGAUCUGGGACGCAGCAGGAGGGAGGAAGCUGACCAGUCUGGAGGGUCACUCCGCACGUGUAGGUGCCCUGGCGUGGAAUGGAGAGCAGCUGUCGUCAGGGAGUCGGGACAGAGUGAUCCUACAGCGGGAUGUCAGAACCCCCCCUUCUGCUGAGAGGAGGCUGCAAGGUCACAGACAAGAAGUGUGCGGUCUCAAAUGGUCUCCUGACCACCAGCACCUUGCAUCCGGAGGCAACGACAACAAGCUGCUGGUGUGGAACAGCUCCAGCCUGCUCCCUGUGCAGCAGUACAGUGACCACCUGGCAGCGGUGAAGGCCAUUGCCUGGUCGCCCCACCAACACGGGCUGCUGGCGUCCGGGGGCGGCACUGCCGACCGCUGCCUGCGCUUCUGGAACACACUGACAGGUCAGGCGCUGCAGAGCACCGACACCGGCUCCCAGGUCUGCAACCUGGCAUGGUCCAAACAUGCCAACGAACUGGUGAGCACUCACGGCUACUCUCAGAACCAGAUCCUGGUGUGGAAGUAUCCGUCACUGACGCAGGUGGCCAAGUUGACAGGACACUCCUAUAGAGUGUUGUAUCUGGCCGUGUCACCAGAUGGGGAGGCCAUCGUUACAGGAGCCGGGGAUGAGACGCUACGUUUCUGGAACGUCUUCAGUAAGACACGCUGCACCAAGGAAUCAAAGUCAGUGCUGAACCUCUUCACAAGAAUUCGAUAGUGAACAGCCCGGGUCAGGGCUGGUUUCAGGACUGAGCUCUUUGGUUUAAACGCACAGAGUCACCAACCACACUCACAGACUAGCUCUUAGAGCCUGCUCAUCUCAGCACCAUCCCUCAGUGCACCAACCACUACUAUGGCAGUCCUUUUCAAAUCCACUUUUCUACAGAGGAUGCCGACUUCCAUCAACAACUGCCAUGUCACUGAUGACUGAAAAAAAACAGUAUAUUGUCAGGACAUGUUGUCUGCUUUAAAAUGUAGGUGUUGUCUUUUUUUGUUUUUUGUGGAAGUGAUGAAAUUGUUUUAGUAUAUAUUAGCAGAUGUAUAAAUGUACAAGAGUUCGAAGCUAUAUAAUGUAAGACGUCACAUUUUUAAAAGACUCUCCUUUGUAAUAGAGAGAAGAUGGUGUGUGUGUGUGUGUGUGUGUGUGUGUGUGUGUGUGGGGGGGGUUUCUAUAUUUUGAUAAUGUGUGAAUAUGAUCUACAAGCAGUAUACAACAGAAGAGAAACAAUAAAUAAGAGAACACUCACACACAGUUGCUCAUGCAGCUGCAAAGAAUGAACCGUUUAUUAGUGUUUUUUCAGUUUGUCAGAUGGACUGUAUCCAUGCCUGGAGAUAAGGAGCACUUUCAUUUGAUCCUGCUUUGAAAAAGAGAUGGACUUGGGAAAGUCCCGAGUGCUAGUGGCACACUCUAGUGUUCUAGUAUCCAGACCCUUGCAGGCCCCGACAGAGCAAAGAAAACUCCUUCACGAUGUCCUUCACGCGACGCUUGUUGGUUUGCUCACUGGAAGAAAGAAAACGAUGUCAAUGAACUUUGUCAAAACACAUGUCACUGUGUCACUUUGGCCUCAACCGUCAUCCAAAAAUUGGAUUUGUGAUGAGGAAAUACUUUUAUUUCCCUAAGCUAAAAGGGUCAGAACUGUUCAGUAAUGAUGUAGUAUUGUUAUUAUGACCAAUUAUGCUUUUUUAUUUAGUGUAAAUCAUGAAAUAAUUAUUUUAAGAUUACUUACAGUCCCAGUUAUUUUCAAGGAUAUAAAUCACAUGCUUAUAAUAGUCAUGACAAGAUACAAUUUGUCUCUCAAACUAUUUUAUUAAAGGUGUCUCAUUAGGACUA